GGCAAAGUGGCCGUUCUCUCUUUCAAGUCUUAUCCAUUGUUUUAUCAACAAAACCUCCAAAUGCCAAUUUACCAACACAAGUUUUCUUCUCCACUCCUCUUCCUCUCUCAACCCAUUUCUCCAUUGCUUCUUCUUCUUCACCAAUCAACUCAAUUCCCCAUCUUUGAAACCUUUCAUCAAUCUUCAUUUUUCAAGCUCCCGAUGAAACCCUUUUCUUAUGCACCGCAUUUCCCCUUUUGGGUACUUCAUUUUUGAAUGCCUUCAUUUAUGUACGCCACAGUUGCUGAGUAACAGAAAUCCAGUUGGAGCUCGAAGAAGAACAACAUCAGCAGGGCGAUGUCGUGUUUACUUCCCCAAUUCAAGUGCCAUCCUGAAACAUUCUCAAUCCAAUUCAAGACCGCGGCUAAUUAUUCUCACCAUCAUUCCUUUCUUCCUACUGCUUAUUCCAGUUACACUAAAGUGAGAGAUCCUCAUAGUUUAAGGACACAAUGUAUCUUGUCUGCAGCAUCACCACCAACAUCGACCGGAACAGCUACAACACUCGAUGUGGACCGACUUAAAUUGCCUCCUUUUGAUACUAACACCGACUCAGUCUCUGUGGAAAGACUAAGAUCCUAUUUAGGUGCAGUUGAAUCGAGUCUGGCCUCUACACUUCUUACCAGUGAGGAGGCUUCAAUAGCAGCUGCCGCAGCUGAAGCUGUUACUCUUGCAAAAGCAGCUGUCAAGGUUGCAAGGGAUGCAGCUCUUCUGGCUAACAAUAUCAACUCUUCCAGAGCAGGAACAAAAUCUCAAUCUUCUCCCAAACCUGAUGCUUUACAUUUCAAAUGGGCUCAAUUUAUGGAAUCAGAAAGGGCUGAUAUAAUAGGAGAACCGGUUGGAGUUAAUAAACGCCCCAUGGAAGGCGAUGCUCUGGAACCCAGCACAACAGAAUCUGAUGAUAUGGAGCCAACAUCAGAAGAACUUGAACUUUUACAGGAUGAACUCUCUGAGAGUAUAACUGUAAAGUCAAAACGUCAAACAGAAAGGAAAGCGAGAAGAACUAGAGCAGCAGAGAAGACUGUUACUAGUGUACUAUCGUUCAAGUCUGGUUCUAGCAGCCGGAAGAAGCGCAAUUCUGUACAAGAAGUGGACUACUCUGACCCAUUGCGUUAUUUAAGAGCAACUACUAACACUUCUAGACUUCUUACUGCAACUGAAGAACUUGAACUGUCAGAAGGAAUUCAGGAUUUACUGAAACUGGAACGGCUUCAGGAGGAGCUUGGAGAACGGUAUGGGAAUGAACCAACCUUUGCACAGUGGGCAGCUGCUGCGGGAGUCAAUCAAAGGACACUGAGGAAGCGUCUAAAUUAUGGUACUCUUUGUAAAGACAAAAUGAUAAAAAGCAAUAUUCGUCUUGUCAUAUCGAUUGCAAAAAAUUAUCAGGGAGCUGGGAUGAAUCUGCAAGAUCUAGUUCAGGAAGGAUGUCGAGGCCUUGUACGAGGUGCGGAGAAGUUUGAUGCAUCAAAAGGCUUCAAGUUUUCAACCUAUGCUCAUUGGUGGAUAAAGCAAGCAGUUCGAAAGUUUCUUUCUGAUCAGUCCAGGACUAUUCGCUUGCCAUUUCACAUGGUGGAAGCAACUUAUAGGGUGAAGGAGGCUAGAAAGCAAUUAUUACAUGAAAAUGGCAGACAUCCCGAUGACAAAGAAAUUGCUGAAGCAGCCGGGCUUUCGAUGAAGAGGCUUGCUGCAGUACUAAUGACUCCAAAAGCACCCAGAUCCUUGGAGCAGAAAAUCGGAAUAAACCAAAAUCUCAAACCAUCGGAAGUCAUUUCUGACCCGGAAGCAGAAACUUGUGAAGAUAUGUUGAUAAAACAAUUCAUGAAACAGGACCUCGAAAAGGUACUCGACUCCCUUAACCCGAGAGAGAAACAAGUAAUUAGAUGGAGGUUUGGGAUGGAAGAUGGGAGGAUGAAAACAUUGCAAGAAAUAGGAGAAAUAAUGGGUGUAAGUAGGGAAAGAAUUAGACAAAUUGAAUCAUGUGCAUUCAGAAAACUCAAAAACAAGAAGAGAACUAAACAUUUGCAGCAGUAUGUGAUGUCAUGAUGAGUCUCCAUCAGAUUUCAAGAGUUAGAUUCCUCCAAAAGUAAUUUAUUAUCUCAUCUGAUAUGAGGCUUAAACAAGGCUUUUUCUUUCUUUAUUUUCUUUUCCUUUUUUCUGUAACAUAUAUUAUUGUGAUCUUUUUUCAUUUCAGGAUAGAGUAAUAUCUGAUUGUUUACAGAAUGUUAGGUACUUUUUCUGUUCAUACAUAAUUCAAUUUUCAAUCAAGAAAUUUAUCUUAAUUACUAA